AUGAAACUUCCCUGGCUCGCGUCUCUCGCUUCCGCAACGGCUAUUGUACCACUUGCAACAGCUGCGGAUCUCCCCAAUGAGGCUCCCGUCAAUCUUAUAGACUUUGAUCCAGACUUUGAUAUGAAAUGCGGCAACGUCGUGGUGAAAGGAAUUAAUGUCCACAAAGCUGUAUCUUAUGGUGUGAUUUUGCAGAUGGCAGGAGCCACGGUGAAGUCGGCCGAUGAGGACGGGGCGUAUCCACAUAAUUACCGUAAUCACGAGGGCUUUGAAUUUUCACAUCCAGACUGCAAAAAGCAGAGCCAAAAACACCGGCAAGAGUUUCCUAUUCUCCGGGAUAGCGUCUUUCAAGGGGGGUGCCAGGUGCCGUACAAAUUCCGGGCGAUAUAUGUUUUUGACCCCUCGGCGAGAGGCGAUCAUCCAACUGCCAUAUACUGCGGCACAAUCUACCAUCCGGAGGGUACGCUUAUCGUCUACCCGUUCAAAUCUGAAGAUGCCAUUCGGGAACUGAAACUAGAAACCGGUAUCAGCAACAGUGAGUGCUGCCAUCAUUUUGGCUCUGUCUUAUUUAUGGACGUCCCACAAUACACUCGUUAUCCAUCAUGGAAGUACAUAUCUCUGACUGUAAAUGGACUAGUACUAGCGUCUUUUUCUAUAUCCGAAUCUGAUGCCGAGCUCGGCGUUAAGGAAUUCCACGCACUCCUUCUGACCGGCAGUGCUGCCAUGCACAAUGCAAAUCAUAUCUUCAACGCGAUUCACGCCUCAAUGCGCCUCCACCGUCCCCGAGGCAUCCAGCUCUACCACGGAAACGCCCGGUCAGACCCUAUCGAGAAGAUCGGGUGGAUGGCCUUUGAACCCGACCAUGCGAUGGUCUUUGCUCUUCCGUCUCGACGACCGUCUCCGGACAUGCUUCCGGACCAGCAUUUGCAGCAUGCGAUGGCGGCAGAGGAUACACCUGUGGAUGAUUCAGGGUUCCUUCAUACCUUCCUAACCUCCAAGGAGCUACGCCUUGUUUAUAUCGAUGGGACCUCGGCGGGCAAAUCGCAGAUUGGGACCCUGGACUCCCAGGACCGUAUCUUGUUCAACGAUACCCUGCAUGGUGGUGUUCGGAUGGAAGAUCAGCGGGCGAAGGCCAUCUGUCGUAUUGCGCAGACGGAGUGGAAAGGACGGAUCGAUGGCGUAAUUCGCAUGGCGGCGGGGUUUGAGAUCAUUCUAUGCAACCCUGAGGUAAACCUGGUACCUGUGCGGGUGACCCAGGUCAGACAGCCUGGUUUCUCGAAGCAGGGGCCAAACAAGGAUGGCAAAGGGAAGCCGAAGGGUAAGCCCGGUGAGCUAUUGAGAGCAGUCACGUCUCGGUUCCACAGUAUCGGGGGUGAGCGGGUUCGAGUGAACUACGAUCAUUUUGUCACGGCCUAUAGCUACGAUCUCGAUUUGUUCCCGGGAGAUAGCAAAUUGCCGCGUUUGACACACUUGUCGCCCGAAGAAUUGCAGCCUAUCCGUGAUGACCUGACGCAUUUGGUGCUGACUCACGAUCCCAGUAACCGGUCAGUAAACUGGCAGGCCGUCGCGGACCUGAUUGUUGAGAAAUACGGUCGUUUUAUACAUGGUUUGCUCCGGCGGAAACAUCAUCACGGUGAUUCUGAUCUUCGUGAAUUUAUACUCGCCCAGAUUGACCGCCUCAUGGCGCCUUUCAUCGAUGUUCGAAGCGAAGAUGACGAGCAGGCUAUCAAGCUCUGCUCUACGCAGUUCGUUCCGCUCCCCACUGACAAUUCGUCCCUGGCGCACAGAGCGUUGUAUGCUGUCAAUCACCGGAUAUGCUCGACACUGAUGGCUGUCAGGAAGGAGACCGAGUCCCAGGCUAUGAUCUCUACUAUUCGGGACUUGAUGGGGUAUCUGGACUGGACGGUGUGGAAAGAAUGUCGUGGGUACCGUGACGAUGAAUUCUGUGCUAUUCCGAUCUGGCCGCAAGGAUCACGCGAGGAUUACCAUCAUCCCCGGCCGCAGAGGUAUGACGAGGCGUAUCAGGGGGAGAAUGAUUACUGGGGGCCUGUAUGGGACUGA